GAGUCUUGUUCCUGAUUGUUAAAUUUUAAAGCAUCCCAAAGUUUGGUUUCACACUUGAAUGAAUACCAUAAAUUCCAAAGAACAUGGAAAGGAGACCACAGGAAGAAUCCAGAACUGCUGCCCAUCAUAAAAUUUUUCCAUCUGCAAUUUGUGUCUACAGUGUGACAGUUAUUGAUGAGGAGACAAGGUUUCGCCAUGUUGCCCAGGCUGCUCUCGAACUCCUGGACUCAAGUGAUCCUUCUGCCUUGGCCUCCCCAAGACCUGGGAUUGCAGGCUGAAUCCUAUUCCACCGUGUGGAUGGGCCCCAGCUUCUUACCCACCACCCAUCAGCGGACACUCGGGUUGCUCCCACCGUUGGGCCAUCGUGAACAGCGCUGCAAUGAACGAGGCGGCCAGAUUCCUCUUCAAGUUCCCAGUUUCAUUUCUUUGAUACCCAGAAAUGAGAUUGAUGCAUCACAUGCUGCCCUCCCUGCCACCGGAAGUGACUCCCCUCAGCAAGGCCAAGGUGGCUCACGUGUCCCAGCACCCUUUCAUCUCUGCCCUUCUCUCUCGAGUGACAGCAUGGCGUGACAUGAGGGCUCUCCAGCCAUGGCCUUGCAGCCCUCUUGGAACGUGCGCAUCGACCCCAGUAGCCUGUCCUUCAACAUGUGGAAGGAGAUCCCCAUCCCCUUCUAUCUCUCCGUCUACUUCUUUGACGUCAUGAACCCCAGCGAGAUCCUGAAGGGCGAGAAGCCGCAGGUGCGGGAGCGCGGGCCCUACGUGUACAGGGAGUUCAGGCACAAAAGCAACAUCACCUUCAACAACAAUGACACCGUGUCCUUCCUCGAGUACCGCACCUUCCAGUUCCAGCCCUCCAAGUCCCACGGCUCGGAGAGCGACUACAUCGUCAUGCCCAACAUCCUGGUCUUGGGUGCGGCGGUGAUGAUGGAGAAUAAGCCCAUGACCCUGAAGCUCAUCAUGACCUUGGCAUUCACCACCCUCGGCGAACGUGCCUUCAUGAACCGCACUGUGGGUGAGAUCAUGUGGGGCUACAAGGACCCCCUUGUGAACCUCAUCAACAAGUACUUUCCAGGCAUGUUCCCCUUCAAGGACAAGUUCGGAUUAUUUGCUGAGCUCAACAACUCCGACUCUGGGCUCUUCACGGUGUUCACGGGGGUCCAGAACAUCAGCAGGAUCCACCUCGUGGACAAGUGGAAUGGGCUGAGCAAGGUUGACUUCUGGCAUUCCGAUCAGUGCAACAUGAUCAAUGGAACUUCUGGGCAAAUGUGGCCGCCCUUCAUGACUCCUGAGUCCUCGCUGGAGUUCUACAGCCCUGAGGCCUGCCGAUCCAUGAAGCUAAUGUACAAGGAGUCAGGGGUGUUUGAAGGCAUCCCCACCUAUCGCUUCGUGGCUCCCAAAACCCUGUUUGCCAACGGGUCCAUCUACCCACCCAACGAAGGCUUCUGCCCGUGCCUGGAGUCUGGAAUUCAGAACGUCAGCACCUGCAGGUUCAGUGCCCCCUUGUUUCUCUCCCAUCCUCACUUCCUCAACGCCGACCCGGUUCUGGCAGAAGCGGUGACUGGCCUGCACCCUAACCAGGAGGCACACUCCUUGUUCCUGGACAUCCACCCGGUCACGGGAAUCCCCAUGAACUGCUCUGUGAAACUGCAGCUGAGCCUCUACAUGAAAUCUGUCGCAGGCAUUGGACAAACUGGGAAGAUUGAGCCUGUGGUCCUGCCGCUGCUCUGGUUUGCAGAGAGCGGGGCCAUGGAGGGGGAGACUCUUCACACAUUCUACACCCAGCUGGUGUUGAUGCCCAAGGUGAUGCACUAUGCCCAGUACGUCCUCCUGGCGCUGGGCUGCGUCCUGCUGCUGGUCCCUGUCAUCUGCCAAAUCCGGAGCCAAGUAGGUGCUGGCCAGAGGGCGGCCCGGGCUGACAGCCAUUCGCUUGCCUGCUGGGGGAAAGGGGCCUCAGAUCGGACCCUCUGGCCAACCGCAGCCUGGAGCCCACCUCCAGCAGCAGUCCUGCGUCUCUGCCGGAGUGGGAGCGGUCACUGCUGGGGGCUGCGCAGCACGCUUGCGUCUUUUGCAUGCCGCGUUGCCACUACUCUGCCUGUUCUGGAAGGCCUGGGACCCUCCCUUGGAGGGGGCGCAGGUGGGCUUUGAGUAAUGAGACCUGGUACUUGCAUCAUCCAUUCAUCAAGUCAGCACCCGGGGAUGCCAGGUUCUGUUAGGGGCGAGGGGACGUACAGCAGUGGAGGAGACAGCUGAGGUCCCUGCUCAGGGGGAUUGAGGGGGGCUGGCAUUCCAGCCGGGGAGACAGAUGAAAACCAAGUAAAUCAGCAGAAAAGAUCAUUUCACUCAUGAUAGGAGCUGUGAGGGGUUAGAGCCAAACAGAAAUACAGCGUGAGCCACGUGUGAGGUUUUCAGUUUAAAUUUUCUAAUAGCCACUUAACAGUCAAAGGAAACAGGUGGAAUUAAUUUUAAUCUUAUUUAACCCAAAUAUAUGCGAAGUAUUAUCACUUCAACAUGUAAUCAGUAUAAAUGGCAUCAAUAUUUUUGCAGUGUUUUUGCAUGAAGUCUUUGAAAUCCUGUGUGUACGAUACAUGUGCAGCAGGUCUCAUUUUGGACUGGCCCCGUUUCAAGGGCUCACCAACUGAAUGCAGCUUCCAGACUGGAGAGUGCAUGUCUGGGGCAAGUGGGGACAAGGACAGAUGGAGCUUCAGGAAGGCCUCUCUGAAGAGGUAGAUAGUGAGCUUUGACGUGGAGGCCAGGGAGGCACUCAGCACACAGCCACAUGAGGAAUGCUGCCUGGAGCGGCCACUGCAAAGGCCUUGUGGCAGGGACAGGCAAGGCACAUCAGACAGUUAGGUAGGGCCAGGGUGGCUGGAGGGGAGUGAGGGCAGGGACAGAGGUAGGAGGUGGUGUCUGAGAGUGGACAGGGCGGGCCACCCAGGGCCUCAUGGUGCACAGUGAGCAGUUUGGAACUGAUUCUGGGAGUGACAGAGCCAUUGGAGGCUUUUAAAGAGGGGAAUCACUAGGUCAGCUGCUGGCUGGGGAAUGGGCCCUGGGCUGGGAGGGGUGGAAGCCUGGGCCCAGCGGGGAGGCCCCAGUGGGUGAGGAAGUCGGUGGCUCGAACAGGAUGGGGCAGCUGCUAUCAGGAGGGAACGGAAGUGGGGAAGAGCUCCAGCCCUGGGCUUCAGACCUCCAGAAGCAGCAGGAAGAGGGGUGAUAACAGUGUCCCUCCUUGCUUGGGGGUCAUUUAUUUAUUCAUUCAUGCAUUCACUGCAAGGCCCUUUGCACAGGUCAGGGGAUGCAGAAAUGACCAGAACAUGAGAUCUGCAGCAAAGAUGGGCAAGGCAGGCCUUUAGGCAAGUUACUACACAGUCACACGAAGGACAGGAGAGCUGUGAUCACAGAGCUCAAGGGGCAGUGGAGAUGGGCGAGUGGCUGCCAUGGUAGGGGAAGGCAUGCUGCCCACUGGCAGGGCAUCAGGAAAGGCUGUUUUUGGAUGCAUGGACCAGAAAGCCACUCUCUGAGGUGGCCCCCACCUGCAUCAUCCUAGGGCCACAGGCCGAGGCCUUCUGAGGGGCCUUGGGGCCGCCCCGCUGCUCUGCUGGUCUUGGCUCCUCUGCAGCACCUGCUUCCUUUAGCACUGGUGAAUGAUUCUUCCUCUUCCCCUGUCUCAGGGAAGGCUUGCCUGCUUCCAUGCUUGCAUGCUGGGUUAGAAUAAAGCAUUCUUGGUUCUUCACCUUGGCUUUCAGACCUGAAACCCAACUUCCUUUCAAAAUUCCUGUCCUCAGGGGGAAAAGGUUUCCAUAAUGUGAGGUGGUAGCCUGGAUACCAGCUGUCAUGUUGCUGCUCUAGCGUUUGAGCUCCUGAUGAACAAUUACCAAUGGGUCCAACCAGCCCUUUUGGGAGUCCCCUUCUCUGUUACUGCCCCAGGGGGAGCCAGGACCCAGCAGGGCUGUGACUCCAGCGAGCAAAAGGGAACUCCCUCCAGUUUCUAGACUGAAUUAUGUAGGGAGGACAGAAGGACUCAGAACCCACACUCCCAGACCAUGAAUACCUUCCCGUGGCAGAGCAUCACCAUAGUGUCCACAGGCGAGGACGCACAGCCACAUGAGGGGGUCCCUGGGGACUGGCUGAGGGGCUGGGCCAGAGGAGGCCACGACAGCCUCAUCCCUCUGUCUCCUGUCUGUCUCCAAAUUGUCCACCAGAAUGGGGACAGGGAAGGAGGGUCAGGAAGCACAGAAGGUCUAGGCUGUGGCUAGGGUCCCCUUCCCUGCUGCAGCUCCCAAAUCAGCAUCCCACCCUCAAAUCCAGUAAGAAUGCUACGAUCGGCAGUGUGGCUCCCUCCCUGCAGGUUUCAUUGGAGGCCACGUAAGUGAAAUUUAUCCCAUUAUGUGUGUUUUGAUGUAGCAGGGCCUUACCAGUUUUUUUGUUUUUUUAUUUUUUAUUUUUUUUUUGGUUUCUUUUUUGAGAUGGAGUCUUGCUGUGUUGCCCAGGCUGGAGUGCAGUGGCACAAUCUUGGCUCACUGCAACCUCCACCUCCCGGGUUCAAGCGGGAGCCUCAGCCUCAGCCUCAGCCUCAGCCUCCCGAGCAGCUGGGAUUAUAGGCACCUGCCACCAUGCCUGGCUAAUUUUUGUAUAUUUAGUAGAGGAGGGGUUUCACCAUGUUGGCCAGGCUGGUCUUGAACUCCUGACCUCGUGAUCUGCCGCCUUGGCCUCCCAAAGUUCUGGGAUUACAGGUGUGAGCCACUGUGCCUGGCCGGCCUUAUCAGUUUUUAUGUAAUUUGUCCUGAUUUAAAAAAAAAAAUCACAUGUGGGUAAACUCAACAUAUUUUAAUUUCUCUUUAGAGAAAUUUUCCACUUGAGCCAGGUAUGGUGGCUCUUGCCUAUAAUCUGAGCUACUCGGGAGGUUGAAGUGGGAGGAUCACUUGAGCCCAGGAGUUGGAGGCUGCAGUGAGCCAUGAUCGCACCAUUGCACUCCAGCCUGGACAACAGAGUGAGAUCCUGUCUCAAAAAUUAAAAAAAGCAGUAAUUUUUUCUUCUGAAGUCAUUCUUUUAAAAUAAAUCAAAAGUAUUUUAACAGAACAAUCUGUUCCUCGUUGAUUUUAAACAGCCCCCCAGCUAAGUCCACUGGUUGUUGGUCUCCAUGGCCCAUCUCCCCACCUUGCUUCCUCGCUGGCUUAAAUUUUCAAGUGGACGAGCCCUUUUCAGCUUGGCUUGUCCACCUCCCAGGUGUGUUUCCUGAAGAUGCUUGUACUUAUGUCUAAGAGCGGCAGCUCCCCACAUCUCAGCCACCUGCAAUCGUUGAGGGUUGUUGGACUCUAAACUUAUGUGCCUUUCCUGUUUCCUCUUUGCCUUUUGCAAAUCGAAGAACCGUGUAAAACCAUUUUUAUGUGGCUUCAACGUCAACUAUAAAUUAGCUUGGUUAUC